CUGGUGUGUGCCUUGAAUGCAGCACGUGUUAUGUUUCGUUUUCAAUUCUCCACAAUAAAACAAUUCUAAUCCACUGCAGCAGCGUCGUCAGUGUCUGAGUCUGACCGAGAACAAAUAUGAGUCUUGGAAAAGUCGCCGCCAUUGCAGGAGGAACAGUGGGAGCAGUAGGGGCGGUGGCCUUGGCUCCUGUUGUUUUGACAUCUAUUGGUUUCACGUCAGCUGGAGUUGCAGCAGGAUCCUUCGCUGCAAGUAUGAUGUCAUCUGCAGCCAUCGCUAAUGGAGGAUCAGUGGCAGCUGGAAGUGUGGUGGCGGUUUUGCAGUCUGCAGGUGCUAGUGAUCUGUCACAGUUUGCAUUAUUCACCAGCAGCCUUCUUGUUCUGAAUCAGUUCUUUUACUCUUUUUUUUUCUUUAAUUUUAAUUUUUUUAUAAAUGUAUUGGCUUAUUUGUGAAGUUGCUAAAGUCAGUAGGCCUGCUACACCCUUUUUCCUUUUUAUAUCUCCUUGUCAGAACUACGUAAAUGUGCAGUUCCUCCAUCAACAUGCUUCUCUUACUGAAUUUAGUGAAAUAAGUGCCGGGUUUCCUGUAAUUUGACGUGGUAAAGAACCCCUUUUAUGCGAGCACAAAGAAAUCAGAGUACCACCAAGCGUUUACUUAAGUUUUGGGACAAAUCUGGUUUAUCCAAGAGGAAAAGCUGGACUGUGCUUAACUGUGUACUGUGGUGCACCACUUAGAGCUCUCUGCUGCUCUAUAGUCUAAUCAAACUUGUCAUGUUUUGUCCGCUGGUGCCGCUGGUUUGUCAACGGCCGGCACUGCAGCCGUGGCCAGUGUUGGGGCUGGUGUUGGAGCAGCCGUAGGAUGGGUGACGAGCCUUUUUAAGAAGAAACCGAAGCACGGCGACAAUGAUGAUGAUGGUGAUGAUGGUGAUGAUGAUGAACAAGUUUUAAAAAAUAAAAAUAAAGAAUAAAAUAAAAGAGGAAAAUUAGAAUAGUAAUUAUUGCACCUCCAAGAGGUCUUUUACACUUUAGAAGUGUUGGUAUGAAUGACAUGCUAAGUUAAACUGACAAUUUCAGUAAUGGAAAAAAUCUACACAGACAGAAAACUAAAUGAAUAACAGCCAAAUAUCUCGAAAUAUCAGCAGUUCCAAAAUUCCAAAAAACUGGAAGUAAAAUGUAGAUUAAAAACAAGAUGUAAUGAUUUGCCAGUCUCAAAAACCCAUAUUGUUUUCCCAAUUAAACAUUAAAAAGAAACAUCAGUUGCUGAACAUUUGUUUUUGAUGGCCCAUGUGGAUACUGAGCGACUGAAGAUUGUGGAGACUGAUUUUUGAUUGUUUUUAAUCAACCCUGAAUUAUCUUUGAAAUGCCAGAACUCGUGCCUAAAAUCCUCUGUAAUCACAAUAUUGCUGAAAACAGCUUGUUAUUCUUGCAACCCUUUUUCUUUUAGUCGUAGCUAUUUCAUUUACGGUUUCAGGCCUGGUGCGUGCCGAUAGGCGCUGUCUGCAGUAGUAACAACAUAAUGUCAUCAUGGUCACUGUUUAUGACCCCCCUCUGCAAAUCCAACGUUGGCAAAUUACUUUUACUUUAUAUAAAAUAAAGUGACCACCACAUCCAACAAUACACAAUAAACAGAUUCAUUUUCCUUUCAUUUUAUUCUUUAUUUCAUUCAAAAAAUAAAACAAACAAUUCAAUACAAAUACAGUACAAAUGUUCAUAACUUGUGAAUGAAAAAGGAGCAGAAAGAAGAAGAAUCUUAUCUAAUCUGCCCCUUUUUCCAAGAAAUGAAUUCACAAAUAACAUAAAUUAAAAAUAAAAAAACCAAAAACUAAGUAAAUAAAAAACUAAAAUAAAAUAACCGCCAUCUAUGGGAAUGUCAAUCAAACUUAACUAACAUUUCAUUAUAUUUACUUAACAUACAGGCUUUAAUUGUUCUUUUGAAUGUAAUGUUUGAUUUGGAUUCUUUGUUUUCUUUAUUCAGAUUGUUCCAUAAACUGAUUCCUUUCACAGAAACACAACGUU